CGGAGGGACGGGAAGGAGCCCCGGGGGGAGCCGCUCACCCCGGGUGUGACGGGCCCUCCUCCGGGAGAGAUCGAAGCACCGGCUCUGCCUCCUCUGGGUCGCUCCUCCCGGGGGUGCGGGGCAGCGGAGCCGCCGCGGGAGCCUCCGGGAGCGGGAGGAUGCGGGGCCCGGAGCUUUGUAGCCGACUGUUCACAUGUGUCCAGGGGGAGAUGAAGCACGUUGGAUGCUGCACAGUUUGGCUUCGUAUGGCAGUCUUCCUCCUCCUGCCCCUCUCCACCUCCUUGGCUGCCGGUGACCAGACAGGUGCUGUGUGUCCUUUAAUGAAAACAGUUGUCCCUCAUCUCAAACAUAUCAACAGAGACAGUCUUGGUGUUUCAGGGUUUGAUCUGGCACAAAGUUUUUCUUUGAGGCAAACAUCGUGUGGAAGGGAAAAACUCUGUUUUAAACUGGGAAGCGCACCUCUCGUCAGAGACACAAAUCAAGUAUUUCCCAAUGGGCUUCCUGAAGAAUACUCUCUAGUUGCUACGUUCCGCGUACGGCGAAAUACCAAGAAGGAGCGUUGGUAUAUAUGGCAAGUUUUAAAUCAGUAUGACACACCUGAGAUCUCUGUCCUUCUGGAUGGUACAAAAAAAGUUGUGGAGUAUAUGACCAAAUCUGCUCAGGGAAAUAUACUGCACUACACUUUUAAGAGUCGAGAAGUUUAUCCGUUGUUUGAUCGGCAGUGGCAUAAGCUUGGUAUUAGCGUGCAGUCAGGAAUCAUUUCCCUCUAUUUGGAUUGUAAUUUAAUUGAGAGAAAGCAGACUGAUGAAAAAUUCACCAUCGACUUGCAGGGGAGGACUCUGAUUGCUUCUCGUGCUGCAGAUGAUAAGCCUGUAGAUAUUGAACUUCACCACAUAACAGUUUAUUGUAAUCCAAAACUUGCAACAGAAGAUACGUGUUGUGAAAUAUCUGCAGACCUGUGCCCACAUGAGGAGAGGUUACUUGCUACAACUUCAUCACCGGUUACUGUUCGUGCAAGCAAAAUAUACACACUUCCAGGAACGCAGCAGGAAUCUAGAGAGAGAUGCCACUGCUUUCCAAACAAAGGAGAAGCAGGAUUGCCAGGAGUGGGUGGUUUGCCAGGACAGAAAGGAGAUAAAGGUGAAAAGGGUGAAAUGGGUGCGAAAGGACAGGAUGGCGUUGCCGGGCUUCCGGGCCAAAAGGGUGAACAUGGCUUUGUGGGUAGUAAAGGUGAAGAAGGUGAAAAGGGUGAAAAAGGAGAUAAAGGAGAACCAGGACCAGAAGGCAUUCGCGGAAGAGAGGGACUAAAAGGUGACUCUGGUAGUCCUGGUGUGGCUGGUCCUAAAGGAGAAAAGGGAGAUGCAGGACCUCCAGGACCAACUGCCUUGAGCGGUUUGCCAGGGCUGGAGGGUCCCCAGGGUCCACCUGGCAAAGAAGGUCAAAGGGGAAGACGAGGCAAACCAGGCCUCCCAGGGAAACCAGGCCCGCCAGGACCUCCUGGUCCUUCUGGACUAAAAGGAGUUCUGGAUUCAUUGAACAAGCAUUAUAAUGAGAGUGACGCAAGACUACUAGGAUUACUUGGGACCCCUGGGCCUAAAGGCCAGAAAGGAGACGUUGGUCAAAAAGGAGAAUUGGGAAUGAUCGGCGCAAAAGGAGAAAAGGGAGAGCCUUCUGAAAAGGGGGACAAGGGAGAUCCAGGAGAAACUGGAAUGGAGGGAUCAAAAGGAAAUAAGGGUGAAACAGGAGACCCUGGACCACCUGGUCUUAUUGGAAAUCCAGGAGCAAAGGGACUGCAAGGACCUCCAGGACCUGUUGGACCCAGAGGGCUGCCAGGAGAAGUUGGCUUACCAGGAGAGCACGGGGUAGCAGGAAACCCAGGAGUUAAAGGAGACAAGGGGGACCCUGGUGGGAUUAUGGGACCGCCUGGACAUCCAGGUCCAAAAGGUGAUGUGGGGCCUCCUGGACCAAGUCUGCCCGGAAUACCAGGUCCCACUGGUAUUCCUGGAAAUCCAGGUCCACGGGGACCAAAGGGAGAAAGAGGACUCCCUGGUGUACAAGGAGCACCUGGGGAGAUGGGGCCCCCUGGAAUAGGCAUUCAGGGAUCACCAGGUCCUAUAGGUCCAGCUGGAUCAGUAGGUAUGCAGGGCCCUAGGGGACCCCCAGGGUUACCAGGAACUCCAGGUACCCCCGGUACUAAUGGCACUCCAGGAAGAGAUGGAAAGCCAGGACUGCCAGGCCCUCCCGGUGAUCCUAUUGCACUGCCACUUGUGGGAGACAUGGGGGCUAUACUGAAGGGUGAUCCUGGCACAAGAGGUCCUCCAGGCAUCCCUGGUAGAGAAGGGCCAAAGGGAAUCAAAGGUGAACGUGGAUUUCCUGGGCUUGCUGGAGAGAAGGGCGAUGAGGGCCUUCAAGGUGCUCCUGGACUGCCAGGUGUACCAGGACCCAGUGGACCAUCUGGAGUCACAGGAAGACCUGGACACCCCGGUCCAGCAGGGUCAAAAGGCGAAAAGGGUAGUGAAGGUUCUCCUGGGAAACCUGGACCACCUGGGCCUCCGGGUAUGCCUUACAAUGAAAGAAAUGGAAUGAGCAGCUUAUAUAAACUCCAGGGAGGUGUGAGUGUCACCAGUUAUCCAGGUCCACCAGGACCUCCGGGUCCGAAAGGAGAUCCUGGCACAGUGGGAGACCCUGGACCAAUGGGAUUACCAGGACUGGAAGGACUCCCAGGGGAAAAGGGUGACCGUGGGCCAGCUGGGACACCAGGAGUAGCAGGGACACCGGGAAAGCCAGGAUCUCCUGGGUCCCCAGGCAUGCCAGGGGAACCUGGUGAAAGAGGACCUAUAGGAGACAUAGGCUUCCCUGGGCCAGAGGGGCCACAAGGAAAACCAGGAGUCAAUGGAAAAGAUGGAUUGCCAGGUCCUCCGGGUGCUGUGGGGAGACCAGGAGACCGAGGGCCCAAAGGAGAACGUGGAGAUCAGGGUAUUCCAGGGGACAAAGGUCCACAAGGCGAACGAGGGAAACCUGGCCCAUCAGGAGAAAAGGGGGAUGUGGGUCCUGUUGGGCCACCAGGAGACAGAGGCUAUCCAGGAUCACCAGGUCAUCAGGGUCCCCCAGGUUCACCAGGACCCCCAGGAUUUCUGGGUGAUCCAGUUUCACUUGAGGAAAUAAAAAAAUAUAUCAAGCAAGAGGUUCUUAAGGUUUUUGAAGAAAGGAUGGCUCAGUUUGUAUCCCAGCUGAAGCUGCCUGCUGCCAUGCUUGCCUCCCAAGCACAUGGAAAACCAGGGCCCCCAGGAAAAGAUGGGCUACCAGGGCCACCAGGAAGGGACGGUUUGCCAGGACCUCCAGGAGAACGUGGAAUUCAAGUUUGGUCUGCUCUGGAGUCAGAGCAAGUCAGACUGGAAUGAAGAACAUGAGAGCAAAGCUGAAGAUGUGUGCAUCCUAAAGCUAUCAGAAGAAUAAAGACUUACUAACACUGAUAAGAGCAAAUCCCUGACAGAAGCUUGAAAAAUGUGAUGAGCUCAGAAUGAGAAGAACAAGAAUAAAGGAUCAAGGAAAACAAUAAAAGUCUUAGGAUCUUACAACACUGACUUCAUCAUUACCUAAAUAUUCAGAUCACUGUAAACAAUCGACUUCAAUGAUGCUGCAUGUGGUGGCUAGCCUCAGAUGCUUCUGGGAUGUGGAACGUUGUACUAGGCUUCAUUUCUGGCUUGUGAGCAUCAAGAGUAAAGAUGAUAGAUAUGCUUGGAAAAAAAAAAGCCGCUUUUUUUUUUAGCCUUAUGCUAAAGUAAAAGUAGUGCCCCGUGUACACAGGAUUUCCAUGUAUUUUACCAAGAUGCUGCAUACCUUUUUUUGAUUAGUAAAACUUAAGCUAAGUGAGAAGCAUUUACUUCUCUGAUACAUCAAAACAUAUAUAAAAUUAUAUUUCCAAGGAAAGAAAACUAAAAAUUUGUCUUGCCUCCUUUUUACACUCUGAGUACUGUGAGAGAAUCACACUUACAAAUACUGUUCAUGCCUUUCCCAGCUGUACUUGCGCAUGUUUUUAUACCAACAGCAAAAAGAAAUUCAAAUCUCAGAGCAGAUGGAAAAGUAUCCUUCCAUAUUGCAGCUUAUUUUCAGCCAUAAAAGCCGUAGUGGACGAGACCUCCUGGAGAAGCAUGUCACGUGCACGUGUGGCUGAGACCAUCCAGGUAGCAUGCUGUGUGCACGGCUCCCCAAGCCAACACACAUUUGGUACUGACUGCCAGAUACUCGUUAUUAUAUUUCUUGCUUGGUUGUAGCCCAGAUUGCUAGCUCCAGGGUUUUGAUCAGGUUUUGUUGUGAGCGGUAAUACACAUCUGGGCUGACAGAGUGAGUCAGUCACUUGUCCCAUUCAGUCAGUGAAAAGAAGCAGAUACUUUUGGAGAGCAAUUAACAGGACCUCUACAAGCAACUCCAGAGCAGUUUGAGGUGCUGCAAGCUGAGCAGAGAGUCUGCCAGAGCCAGCCAGCAGGAAGGGCAGGUGUCACCCUGUGUCCAAGGAGGUACUUAACUUGCAGCUUCGCAGGGGUCCCUCAAGUGUCAAGUCAGUUCCCUUGGCAACUGGCCUGGCCUGGCCAGAUUCCACCAGAACAUCCUUCUGCACAGGAAACCAAUAGGUAAGGGUUGGUCCCAGAAGCAGAAAACACAGAUGCUAAGUCUUGAAAGUCUAGGCGUGGCCUUCAAAGUGUGUAUUUAAGAAAUUGCUAGACUCUUGGAAUAGAGUCAUUCAUUUCUAAUGAAGUCCAGAAUGUUACCUGGUGGCCUUAAUCAAGAUUGUUCAUACUCAGGUACUUCCCAGAUACAAAUACUUUUGAUUUUAUGUGGUAGUCUUAGUAUAAAUAUAGCAAGCGAACAAAAAAUAACAGCAUUGCAACAUUAAUGAUGAAAUAUGCAACUGGCAUUUAAACAGACUUCGUAUAAUAGUGGUUGGAAUUUAUAUAUAUAUCUAUAUGUGUCUGCAUUUAAAAAACUAACUAUGGCAUGUGCAUCAGCAAGCUGAUACUCUGAGGCAGUGUUACCAGCGAGGUGUACAGCAUCUGCCUAAGGGGGGAGCAGAGGAACUGUUUACUCUGUAUGUGUUUUAAAGGAUGUUGAUGUCUUGUACAGGAAGUUUAUUUCAAAACUUAAUAGACAAGCUAUGAAAAUGUCAUCCAUUUGCAGUCAGCCAGCUUGUCAUGUGUUAGAGGAUCUAGCUCAAUUAACUCCACUGACUAAUUGGAUUAUUAAAAAUAUAAUCGAAAGUGAAUUUGGAACAUUUGAAAAAAUUCAUCUUGGAAUAUUAUCCUUACGUUAAUAUGAAUAUUGAUUUUUUUUCUCAACAGACAGAAGAAGGUUACAUCUUAGUUAAACUUCAUUCUUUUUAUCAAAUUAAGGAAACAGGAGUUUAUUAUAGGUCCUCAUAACUCAUGGUAGCCUGGAGGAAUCAAACAUCACAGCUCAGGGAAGAAAAAUACCAUGUGAUGAAUAGUCGAAAUUCCUUAUCUUUAUUGCUGAUCUCUGUUGUAAAAUGCAUAUCUCUUACUAUAAUUAUUAAUUUGCAUGGUGGAAGCAUCUAGAAACCUUGGCUGAUACCAGGAAUCCAUUGUAAUGGAUAUUGUCCAGACACAGUGACUCUUCAGAAAUAGCUGCACUGGUUUCAAGGAUUACCUGCUGUAAACUGUUCUUUGCUCUUAGCACCCUUCCUGUUGCUUCACAGUUGUUUGUUUUUAUGAACACAGGAUAUUUGCACAGUAAAACACAGUGGGUACUUCGGUCUCAUUGUUCCCUGUUGGGGUAAUGUCUUUGCCUCAUAUUUGUGUUAAAGAACCUCAGAUUUCUCUAGAUACUUGACAUGCCAGUUACAGGUGCUCAGUUGCCCAUGCGAAUAGAAGAGGGUCUCUAUGGUAUAGGUGGAAUACUUUUUGGAGCUCUUUAAAUGAGAGAAAUUUUUCCCUCCAAGUUCAUAGACAUGAGCUUGUGUCACUUCCAAGUAGAGCUGAGGGAGUUGGGGCUGCGAUGCUUCUGACCGUGAUGUUUGUGGAGAACACCAAGCUGAGGGCCAUGUUGUAGCUGUCACCACUCGUACAUGGGCAGAAGAAAGCUUAUCUGUUUGAACACGUACUUGCUGUGUACUGCUAACACUUAGUACUACCCACUUUGGGUACAUGUUUACAUACCACAGCUUUUAGAUUGCAGAGUUACAGCCAAACUUCUGGAACCCGAGUGAAAGUCUUUGCUAAAGCGCUCACCUUUUGAAUAACCAGGUACCUCUUACUGGAAUUGUAAUUCUGCCAGUAAAAAUAGACCGCAUCUUGUAUGUGCCUUAUGUUGAAAACAGUAAAUCAAAAUCUGAUUAAAGUGUAUGGUAACGUUUUCCUUUUGACUGUGUAUAAGUUUGUCACUUUAAGCUCAGAGAGAAGGUGAUAUUAUCCUCUAGAAGUGUAAUCAUGGUCCUACUUCUGAGCAAAAUAUACCUCAUUACAAAUCAAAUAUUUUCCUGCUAGAAUUACACAUUACAUUUUUCCAAUGGUUUACAUAUAGGCCUGUUUGCUAAUAUGCUUACACCUUGUUAAAUAAAGCCUUAUUUUUAGAAAAGCUAUCUGAGUAUUUUUGUAUUAAACUUCAGUGUCAACAGAACAUACCUGCCACUGUGUACAAAUUACACAUUUCCAUGUGUAUGCAGAUAAAGCCAGUAAUGGUUUACACUGCCCUGGGUCGUACCUUUGCAUUGGCAGGUUGCUCUUUGUGCUAUUGCAGGUUGUUUUUUCCUUAUUGUCUUGGAUACCUACAGUGAUGGUUUUCAUGGAGCUUGUAAAUGGAAUACAUCGUAAAUGUGAUCUCUCUCUUUUUUCCAUAACUGAAGAAAUGCAAAACAAAUUAUAAGUGGCAGCACUACUUUGUAAAAUUAAAAUUAACUGGGUUUGUAGGAGAAAUGUACUGUAACUGUCUAUUGUAAAUUAGGAAG